AAACGCACUUCAAUCCGAAGAGGCAACAUUAAUAAUACGACGCUCAUUGUUUGGCCUUCUCGUGGUAAUUCGAUUGUUUACCAGGCCUAGCAUUACUUUACUCUCCAAUGCCUUUGUAAAACCUACAUCGAAGCAGGCACUUCCGACGUGUUCACGUCGCGUGAACACCCCCACUCCUUGGAGCUCGAGCUGCCUCGAGCUGUUGCACGUACAUUCUUAUGGCAGCUGUAUCUAUACUCAAGUCGCCCCAUACUAUGUCCGGCAUGUCGACUAGGAGGGUGCCUCUUUCCAGCAACCCUAAUGCCGCCAACUCACCAUAUCGAAGCGUGACGGCUGGAGCAGCAAAGCCCAAACGCUCGCAUGCCACAGUCCAACGCGAGGAAGCCUAUGGGCAACCACCUCCAGCUAAGAAACAUAUAGUGGAAGUUACCCACCGAGGCCUGAGGACUCCUCCGCGGCAGUCUCUGACCGAGUCAGCUGAAGGCCAGGUCUUCUCGCGAAGGGCACACGCCCAACCCACAGCGUUUGACCGCAAGCUGGAGGCGGUACGACGAAGGCCAGCCCAGCAAGCGGUGGCCAAGGCAGACAAAGCCUCAGAGGAAAACCUGGAGACUAUAAGGCAGUGGCAGCGUCACUAUAGAAAGGUUUUCCCCAAGUUUGUUUUCUACUUCGAGAGCAUCUCGGAGGAUGUUCGAGUCAGAUAUGCCAAACAAGUUACAGCUCUUGGUGCACGAGAGGAGAAGUUCUUCUCAAACGCCGUUACUCAUGUUGUCACAACAAGAACGAUCCCCCCCGAACUGGCUGUUAGCCCGACAGAUACUGCUGGAGACUCCUCGGCAGCCGAUGUAAACUCUAGGAGCAACCACCCACAAACAAUCAACCCGUCACUUUUGGAUCGGUCGUCCGAGCCAGCCGGAAAUCACAUUGAUUCGCAACCUCUGAAAUCGAGGUUUACAUUCGAAGUGAAUCCGAGGAAGUCGUCAGCUAUCCAUAAUGAUAUCGAUAUCCGAAGGCAGCAGGGGAGGAAUGCCGAUGUUCUCCACCGUGCUAGAGAACUGGGCAUGAAGAUAUGGGCGCUGGAGAAACUCCAGAGGAUGAUGACCACUAUGUUCGACACAGAUACUGGAUCGCAGGCUGCCCACGGCCACAAUACCAGGAGCAACACAACCCAGGGUACUAUCAGUGGAGUAUCCCGGAGCACGCGUGAGGCCGAUCUCUCGGCAUUACUGCGGAAUGAGCGGAUCCAUGGCCCUUCGGACCGUGACCCUACGGUGGCGACAAAAGAAAUGAUUAUGUUUAAGGGGCUGUAUAUAUAUGUCCAUGAUGUCGACGAGAAGCAAAAGCCUAUUAUGGUUCGGGAAUACGCGAAGGUGUCGAAUAAAGAGCAGGGUGACUGGCCGCAGUUUAGGAGCGUUGCCAAUGGGAAAUGCCCAUUCGUACCGGAGGUCGAUGGUAGCCGCCGAGAGGCCGAGAGAGACGCCGCCAGGCAACAGCGUCAGCAGGAGAAAGAGAGAAGUGCUGUGCCCAGAACCCGGGCAGCUGCUGCAGGCCAAGCGAGGAUGCAGCCCCCGACAGCGAGCAGCAAGCGAGCUUUAAUGGACGGCGAAAACACUGCUAACCGCAAUACGAUUUCAGCUCCUCUGAAGCAGCGAAACACAUUCAGCCGAGCAACGGAUCCAUCUCAGUCACUGGAUGACGAGCCUUCGUCGAAAGGACCACAGAAUGCUUUUGUCAGCCGAGCAGGUGUUGGGAGACUCUUUGGUGGUGAACCGGUGGCAUCUGGGCUGCAGCAGUCGAACAUCACUUCUGCAAUUCGCUCCCAAAUGAUAUCAUCCACUGCAGCCGGACCGGGUGCCAAGGCAGGAACUAGCAAAGAGGUCUACGGGUUGCAGCGCAAGGUUUUGGAGCGAACUAGUGGCCCAACCUCGCUGGGCUUGGCCAGCUCGCACCGGAUGACAGAUCUCAAUGUCGCCGCUAAGGACGACGCAGGAGCACGGAUUCGCAAACGGAAGAAUCAAGAAAGCCUCGGUAACAUUGAGGAAGAUGGAUGGAACAAUGAACAGGAAAACACCGCUCGGCGUACAGACGAGAGCCGAACUGUCAAGGCUCUUCCGAAGAGGAAGGUUGUCAAAAGGGACCCUAAGCCGGGGUAUUGCGAAAACUGCAUGGAUAAGUUUGAUGACUUUGAAGAGCAUUGUGUCACCCGCAAACAUCGCCGCUUUGCUGAGAAGAGCGAAAACUGGACAGAGCUGGAUGCUCUACUGAGCCAACUGGGCCGACCUCUUAAGGAGGACCCCUAUUACGCCUAAUACGAGAGAGUGUUUAUGAGGAACCCUUGGAGCAUUUUAUCUUUAUCAAGAUGGAUUUCUUGUAAGGGCAUGUAUGGGCGUUUCGGACUUCAUUGUUUUUGUCAACACGGGGAUCCAUGUGUAAAUUGUGUUGAUCAUCUUUUCGCUUCUUAUUUUGGCGUCGUCCUCGCAUUUGAGCCUGCUCGCAGCGUUACCGGGCAUCGGAGAGGUCAUUGUGGGCUUUGCAUUGGCAUUUACAAGGCGUACUUCUCGCAUUCAUCAUCAGGCCACAUGCUUGUUGAUAGCGAAGCUAGAUCCUUUAUACAAGAAUCUGAUAUUCUAUAUUGUGUAGUGUAGUGUUCAUCGCACGAUUACUGUAAUCAGAUACUAUUUAUGAUCGUUUGACCAUGGAGGG